ACGCGCCAUCUACUGGAAUUACAGAAGCAGUGCAGACACGAAGAGUUUACCCAAACCUAUUCUGCUUUUUUACAUUAUAAAAUAACAUGCAUACAAUUUCUUAUAAUACAGACAUAUUCUCAAUAACUUUAACAUCCGUACAUGUAUAUAUCUAAACCCACAACCCCAACCCAUACGGUACCUACAGUUUUUUUAAAGUCACUGUGUACUAAGCCGACAGUGAAAUGUGAAAUUAGACAUUGAUUCAUGAAGAAUGAUAUAUCAUGUCAAGGGUUUGUCCUGUCCUCCAGUAUACUCAUUCAGCUCGACACAACUAAUUGAGGACUGAAAGGGUUAAGAAGGGGUGUCCCGGGUGUGUGGCUGGUGUGCAGCGCUCCGGGACACGGAAGUGUGCUCACAGAGUGCAGAGCAAAGCACUGCUGGAGAAAAAAGCUCUGUGUCCUGUGCGUGUUUCAGUGGACGGGAGAGCCCUGGGUAUCAGUUGGCACAAUGCCGAAGAGGAGAGCCGCGGAGAGCUUGGUGAAGCUGUGUCUUAGCAGCGUGGCCGACAACAUGAAGGAGUGGGCUAGAGACUACGCUGACAACUACCUGGACCAGUACAGCUUCCUCUACAUCAUGGGCCCCUUCAACCAACUCCCGGGUAGUCUGGUACAGGAGUUGCUGCGGUUGCUGUCAGAGUCUCAUCGUGUGAGCCGCACGUACCUGCACCUGCUGCUGGUGCCUCACCUGAGUGCUCUCAGUCUGUCCGGCUGCUCCAGCAUCGUCAGCAACGCCGUGGCCCAGCUCGUGGGGGCCCGCUGCCAGAGCCUCACCUCCCUGUGUCUGCGGGAUUGUAAGCGGGUGCAGCCGGGUGUGCUGGUGGACCUGGUGGAGUUGCUGCCGGGACUGCGCAGUCUGGACCUCUCGGGGUCUCAGUGCAACACACAGGUCCUGUCUGCCGUGGGCUCCUCCUGCCCUGCCCUCCGCGAGCUCCACGUCUCCAAUUGCAGGGCCGUGACCUCUAGGGGGCUGCUGCACCUGGCCUUUGACCCCACACGGGGGUGCUCCACCCACUCUCAGCUCCGCAGGCUGGCUGCCUCUAACAUCGACUCCAGAGGCGGGGUGGACAGCGUGGGGCCAGCCGCCUUCCUCCUGCUGGCUUUACCCCACCUGGAGCACCUGGAUCACAGCGGCCUGGUGGAGGCCUGCACCUUGAUCUCCCGGCUUCACUUCCAGACGAUCGACUGCUUCGCAGCGAAGGAAGGCUUCCCCUCUCUGAGUGAGCUGGUCCACAGCAGAGCAGGCGAAGGAGUGGACGGUGAGGCCAGCCCAGUCUGCUUGAACCUGAGGCAGAUGUCUGAGAUAGAAGCCGAGCUGCUGGGGACCCUGACGCCUGUGUGUGGAGAGGUGGUGGAGGUGUCUGUGCUCUGCGGAGAGGAGCUGGGGUCUGACUGGGGUCUGUCACUGUGGAAGACCCUGACCCACCUCACUGUCCAGUCCACCGGGGUGCACAGCAGGCCCCUGAGGGACCUCCUACUAGCCCUGGAGGUCCUGGGGCCCAGCCUGCGCCUGCUCACCAUCCAGGACUUCUCUCUGGACGACUCUCUGGACCCGAUUCUGAGCUUGUGUCCGAACUUGAGGGUCCUCCACUGCCACCUCCAGCCCCCUGCCACCGCCCUGCACGAAGACCACGAGGCUGACGACUCUACCUGGGCCACGGAGCUCCGACUACUGCACUUCAGGGACUUCUUUCUGGGGUUCCCUCCCUGCUCCCCUGGGCUCACCGCGCAGACCUGUGCUGGCCUCCAGGGGACCCUGGCCUCGCUGCUGGCUGGCGCCCCCCAGGUGGAGAGGGUCUCCCUGCACGGCCUGCCCUUCUCCCUGGACAGGGUGCUCUGCAAGGCCCUGGAGGGGCCUGGGGCUCCCCUGUGCCGCCUGCAGCACCUCAGCCUGGCACACAGCAGCGUCUCUAUGGGCACCGUGCUGGGGCUGAUGGACCAGGGGAACCAGCUGAGCAGACUGGACCUGAGUGGCUGCCAGGACAUCUACCGCAGAGACUUCGACCGGCUGGAGAGCUUGGCCAGGGAGAGGGGCUACGACCUGCAGAUCACCUGGAGCUGAGGCCCCGAGGUUGGGGGGGGGGGGUCACCAAUCGGUUAUAGAUGAAGGAUUAAGAGCCAGUGUUUUGGUCGGUUUUUAGUGUUUAUAGCUAUGAGACUGGGAAGCAAAGUAUUACAGUGGUUAGAUCUAAGGACUGGGAGCCAGGAGGCAGUGUGGUCUAGUGGUUAUCCAAGGUGAAGAAAGCAUAGCUGAAGUAAAGAAAGUAUAUUAGAAGAGGUGUUUAGGUGUGUUAUUUUCAAUGCUGCAAGCUGUGUAUUAUCCCUGUGGUUACAGGAAACCAAAAAAGGGGGUCCCUGCCUAGCAAAUGCAGAGCGCCUGUAUGCUUUGUUUUUUAGAUAUCACUUGACUUGCUAAAUAAAAACAAACUGAUCUAAGUGUUA